AUGCCAGAUCGGAGAUGGCGUCGUUCCUUUUUUUGGUUCAUGUCUUGGCGACGGAACUCCUCCAAAGCGAAGCCUCGUUCAUGCGCAAAGCGGGGAAGUUGGACAGGCGCGACGCGACGGAAGCGACGCGGCGCGACGCCGGAGGAUGGCCUUGGCAGUCUGUCGACGUGGAAUAUGUGGAAUUUGCGGGAGAGCAAAACGGAUCUUCGACACCCGCUUUUGCAAAGGCGGAAGUCUUCCGAUGCGUUGGUCUCUGCUCUUCCUGGAGCUUUCAACCCUUGCGUGUGCCAGGAGCUUUCAGAGCUCAUGCUGGCCGCGCUCCACUUGAGAUGGCGCUCUUCUUUGAAAGUCUCCUUGUCAUAUGGCUUGGCCCUGAUUCUGGACUACACCUAUGGCUUGGACAGUGUGCUUGUGUGCACCGUGGCCUACUUGUGCAGCUACGGCUCUCAAUACUCUGGGGGAUCUCUUCGUCGCGCAAUUCUGCGGGGAGUUGGUGUGUCAGCUGGUGCCACAGUGGGCAGUGUGUUGAGAACCUUGUGCGUUUUGUCUAGCAGCAUACCAUGGCAACUGGUCGCCACGCUUUUGAUCAUGUUGGCUUGGACUUUCCUGUCGACCUUGGUGAACUUCCGUGGCGGGCCAUAUGCGUACGCGGGCUUUUGCGCGGCUUUCACAGCCAUCAAGUUCCUCUCCUCCACGGGUCCAGGGGGUAUCCAGCUAUCUACAACCAUCACAUCCUCAAUGUGGGCAUGCCUUCUUGCAGUGGUUGUGGAAACGUGUGUGCUUCCCAUUGAUGCACGUGACCUGCUGCAAGGGCGAAUUGUCGCUGGCUUGGUGGGUGUGUGGGCUGUGUUGCCCGCACUCGUCACAGCAGAUGAAUCUGUGGUGAUGAGCGUGAAGGAGGAUUAUGGGCGUUGCAAGACGGGCGUGUCCAGCUGGCCAGAUCUUACCGAGCGGCUGAAGAAGGCCGGUGCCUAUGACAAGUAUCUCGAGUGGCGGGAAGGCUACAUGCGCUGGCGCAUGGGAGAAAGCAGUGGAGCAAAGGGUGAAAUUGCUGUUCUUGCAGCCAAGAGUGUACCCGCACCAAAAGCUUCCGCUUCUGGCGCUUCUGGUCCGGCACCUCGCGCCGAAGCCAAGCGCUGUAACUCAGAGAUGAACUCCUUUCAGCCCCGGGAUCCAGCACCUCACUUCGCCUCGAAGCAUUUGGAGGAGAAUACUCCAAAAGAAGGCAUCCAGCUGGCUGUCGCAAUGCCCGAAGCGGUCAUCGAAGCAAUACCUGAAGUGACAGCAGUCAUUGAAAAUGUGGCGUUGCCCAUGCAGAUGCAGAGCUUGAAAGUACUCCUUGAAGAGAGUGAGAUGGCUUCAACUUUGAGCUUGAAGCGUGUGUCGCUAGCAUCGAUCCAAGAAGUCUUGGAUGAGAUACAGGAAGUCUUGGCACCUACGGAAGAGCUGGCUUUGCAGGCAGCUGAAAGACUAGACGGCUUGAAAUUGGACGGCAACGCAUGGUGUUCCCUAGCAGAUCGCUUGCGCAUUAUGCGAUUGUGGUUGACAAUGCUGGGUCGCAUCACCAAACGCUUGGGCCACGGCUGCUCCUUGACCGAUCUCAUCGGCCGUGGCCGUGUGGGCGAGGCCUCCUCGGCUGCAGAGGAUCUACUCCUUGCAGUGGGCGAAACGCUGACAGCCACAGCUAGGUGCGUGGCUGGAGCAGUGCCUUUGCCACGUGAAUGCACAAAACUGGAGGCACGGCUGCGCACCUCGCGGCAGGGGUUAUUGGCUGCCUUAAGCUGUCGCGUUUCUCAGGGCCGCGGGGAGUUGGCGGCAGAAGUCUUGUCUCUCAGCGCUGGUCACGCUUUGAUGGCGUUGCUGGGAGAUGCUGGGCGUUGCCUGGCCCUCUCUGUGCGCAUCGUCUCUUCUGCGUCACACUCUCCAGACGGGACUGGCAUCUCUGACUCUCCAAAACGUAAAGAGUUGGAGCGGAAUGUCAGCGCUAUGUCUCAAGCGUUUCCUGCACUACCAGACCUCACUGAACGUCUUAAGCAACAGGGCCAAUACGAGAAGUACAUCAAAUGGAGAGAAGGCUACAUGCAAUGGCGAUCUGGAGGAAUUUCUGGAUCCAAAGGUGAAAUUGUCGAGAACUCCACGACCUGA